UUCACUCUGUAGGCAGUUUAUUACAGCACACAGGGCUGCACAUCAUCACACACACCGUUACCGCUUCACUUCUUCAUCUCUGAGAGCCAAAAACUAAAGAUGGGAAAAAUUAACGGGUGCAUCAAAUGCCUCUUUAUCUUCUUCAAUGUGCUGUUUGCAAUCAUCGGAUGUGUGCUGAUCUAUGGGGCGGUGAAGGCCAGCGCCAUCAGCAGUCAGGUGUCGGCGGCUGGGGUCCCGAGUCUGGCAUGGAUAUGGGUGUUUGCCAUCGGCGUCCUCGGCGUCUCCAGCCUGGGAAUCUAUGCAGGCUGCUCCGAGAAAGACCUCGCCCUCAAAAUAUUUGCAGGCUUCAUGGGGGUUGGAAUGAUCAUCAUGCUGAUCUUUGGCAUCGUUGUCGUUGUCAUGAGGAACAAGGUGAAGAACUUCUUUGACAGCAUGUCCACUGAGUUGGCAAAGCCCUACAUGGAAGACGAAGGACUGAGAAUGCUGCUUGAGGGGAUCCAGCAAUCUGGCCAGUGCUGCGGAGUGGUGAGUGAACAGGACUGGGGUAAUGAAAUCCCUCAAUCCUGUGAGUGCAACUCAAAUGGACUAUUUGGAUCUGGAUGUAAAGCCAAACCCCAGGGAACCAUGGGCCCAAGCCAAAUCUAUAAACAGUCCUGCAGUGACUACAUCUUUGGGUGGUUCAACUUCUUCUUUCAGAUAGUCAUGGGCUUCUUCUUUGGAUUUGCUGUCACUGCCCUGCUGGGCCUGCUGAUCUCCAUCCUGAUGAUCCAUCAGGUCAAACGUCAUGACAGAACAGGAGGAGCAAACAUUGCCAUGAAGGGAUACUGAAGGGAACCCUCCACCCCUGACCUUUAACUUCUGCACUGUGACAGGAGAACUCAGUGGUCAAUACAUGAUAUCUUCUUUAUAUAUCAUUUUUUUAAAACCACAUUUCUGCCUUAUAUGAGAGUCAGGGAAAAGGCACGAUGUGGCAUGCUGCAGGAAGAUUUCAUUUCAGGAGUAGAAGUGUUGCCUCACAGCCUUUUUUCUGUCAGAUUUCUAUUGUAGAAAAUAUAGCAAACAUUUAUUUUUUUUAUGAAUCUCUUGUGUGUUAUUUGAUGGUAUGCUGCAUGCCGUCUUUUCUAUAAUAUUUCUCUGUUAUAUAAGUCUACUAUAACAAAGUAUUAUAGCAGAAAUAUUAUAUAACAGAGGCAGGUUCUAAGCUCAGCCUUUACCUCUGACUACAGUUCUACUAACCUACAAGGAGGUCAUUGGUGUUGAUAGUUUGGUGAUGUAGUGAGUGCUUGUAGGGCUACUUGGCAAAGUAGUGGAGCUGGCAAGCUAAUUGCUAACACACAAGGCAGCAAGGAGCAUGCUAGUGCUAAUCUGUCAUCAUAGUUAUUCCAGCUAAAUGUCUGGCUUGCCAUAUGUGUCCUUUCACUUUAAGAUUACCAGAUUAGCAUGCAAGCUAACUGCCUCACUAACUGGCCAAUUAGUUCACACAGGUUUUUCAAAAGAUAUUUGUACCACAGACUCUUGUACCACAAACAAACAUUAUGGAGCAGUUUAGAUUCUAGCAAAGGAAGUUAAAUGAAUAAGCAAAAAGGAUGGCUGCCACUGAAAAGCUCAGAACUGUCCAAACACAACAGCACACAUUUGCACAUAAAAGGUGACCAAAGAUAGGUUUGACGGAAGAUAUGUGCGUGGAUUUAUUCCGUCCCCAUGAGCAACUCCCCUAAUCGCAGUCGUUUAUUUUGCUGCAAAAUAUUGGUUAAUAUUAGUGUGUCCAUCACAGAGGUGGGUCCAGGACUUGUUUAGCCUAGUUUAGCAUAGAGAGGCGGGAGCUGAUGGGGGAACUUCUAGCCAAGCUUUAAUUGGCAAUGGGACAAUUACUGUAAUCCAAUCAUAAUCUGCACUGAAAACUUUUCCAGAUUUGAUGGCACUUAGAAUUUCUGAGGUCUGAGGACUCUUCAAAACUAUGAUUGCAUGUGAACAUUUAAAAACAUGUCAUAAGAAAACUGUCACCUGUUAGUGUUUGUAGAACAUUUAGGACAAUGAACUUGCAUAUUUUCCAAAGCUGCGUGCGUGUAUUUGUAAAACACUUCAGUCAUUUGAAAACAGAACACUCCUCUGGACAUUUUGUCAUAUGGUUGAAUGUCAUAACCUGAUGUAACAUUGUCAAUAUAAGUAAAUAAGUAAUAUUGUUUUUUUUCUUGUAACAAGCAGGUAACACAAAUUAGAGGCAGAUAUUAGAUAUUAGAUGUGUUAUCUGUCUCAGUACAGUUGUUACAUAGAAGCCACUAGAAAAAUGAGAUUACAAAACUUUCAGAGUUUAAUUUAGGAUUAAGCCAUGUAACAAACCAAACAACAGCUCAGGGUUACAAGCUUUCAGAUCUGCCACAGAGAGUGAACGCCACACUGCCAUUAAAAAAGGGGAACAAAGACUUAUGUUAUAGACAAAUGCUGUAACAGGAACUGUGUUAUUGUGAAAUCUGCACUCAUAUCAUUUCAAAAUAAACUCUAGAGACUGAAAA